AUGUCAGAUGAUGAGAUCGCAAAAGUCGACGCUGUCGAUGUGCAGCAUCCCUGGAACUGGAGAAUGGGAACUGGGUAUCACAGUCCAGGCAAUACUGCACCACGAGAAGCCGCAGCGGAACGAACUUACCUUCUGGUCGAUGUCUGGGGUUACAGCCCAUCCGCAGAUGAAGACACUAGGCAGACCCCAAAUGCCACCCUCACGUGUCUUCGACCUGAACCUGUGAAGCCAGAUUCGAGCGACGAGGCUAUUGAACCUAGUACUCGUACGACAGCUUCAACUAGCACGACUAGUUCGGCUGGCACUCCAACAGAAAAUAGUGGCAUCUUGGGCAAACACGCCGAGCCAGUUAUAGGACUGGUUUUACUGGUUUCACUUGUGUUUAUGGGUGUAUAA